UCAUCAGUUCUCGACCGGUCGCGACUCUGCUCGGACAUCGGAAAAACGUAAAACCUCGAAAAAUAACCCACUUGUGAACCCGCGAAAACGCGCGUCUCGCGAUCCGAAACACGUUCCAUCUCGCUUGCUCCUACGUGUGUGCGCGGACGGCGGAAAAAUUCCUCAGCAAUUGCAGAAAGCGAAAAAAUGGCGCCCCUAGUGCUGUGCUAAGGCUACUCUCACAGGGCAGGAUCGAUUCGGAUUGAUUGUUCUUCAGGGUCUAGGCUAGAGUGCGAUUAGUGCGUGCGUUUGUGUGUGUGGGGGAGGGGACCGCCGGGAUGGGAAAUCAACCGACCAAACACUCCGGGAAGCCGAAGAAAGCCGUCCACUGGAAGUCGGCAGAACCACCUUCGCCUCCGGGCAAGCCGAUGCUGGUUCCGGGAUCACCCAACACGACCACCGCACCGGAUGUGGUGACGCUUCGGUGGAAACGGCCGACCAGUGAUGGCGGUUCGCCAAUUCUCGGCUACAUCAUCGAACACCGGCGGACGGGUUCACCGCACUGGGUUCGUGCGACCGCCCAGCUGAUGCAAGCCACUGAACUAUCCCUGAGCGGACUGGAGCCAGGAUGGCGCUACCAGUUCCGGGUAACGGCCCAAAACAUCGUCGGUCAGUCCGAAUGUAGCGAACUGUCCGAUGCGUUGGCAGUGACACUGCAGCGAGCUGCCGUCGCUCCACCACGGUUCAUUCAGGAGCUCUACGACACCACUGCCAUCGAGAAUGAAAAGAUGGAAUUCAGGGUUUCCGUCGCCGCAACUCCCACUCCGCAGAUCAGCUGGUACAAGGAUGGGUUCGAGAUAUUCAGCAGUCGCCGUACGAAGAUCAUCACAGAGGCAGACAUGAGCAUAUUGAUCAUUCACCAGACUGCACUGACCGACGAGGGAGAGUUCAAAUGUACGGCCACCAACCGAGUAGGUCAUGCAGCAACCACCUGCAGUCUAUCGAUCGAAGCGUACCCCAAGAUACGUCUACCACGACAGUAUGAAGAAGGUCUGAUCGUGGAAGCCGAUGAAGUCAUCCGGCUAAAGGUUGGCAUCGCCGGCAACCCUAUUCCGAUAGUUGAAUGGAGUCACAACGGAGAGCUGCUACCGAGCAAAGGACGCUACGAAAUCGAAACCAAUGACAAAAACUCGUCCCUCCGAAUUGCCAACGCCCAAAGAUACGAUCGUGGUGAAUACAACCUUCGUGCCUACAACAAACUCGGUGAUGACUACGCAUCUUUCCUCGUAACGGUAACGGCCAAACCGGAACCCCCUGGCAAAGUCCACAUUAGUGUAGGUCUCAGCAAGGCCGUCACCCUCAGCUGGUCUGCUCCGGAUGACGACGGUGGUUGCAAGAUCGGUAACUACAUCGUGGAAUACUACCGCGUCGGUUGGGAUGUCUGGCUUAAGGCGACUACCUGUCGACAACUCACGACCACUCUCAGUGGCCUCUUUGAAGGCUCCCAGUACCGCUUCCGGGUGAAAGCUGAAAAUCCCUACGGUCUCAGCGAUCCCUCCGAUGAAUCCGACACUCUAUUCAUCCCGGAUCCGAAGCGUGGCAUUAACAGCGCCACCCAAAUACCCGAAGUGGAAAACAAAGAAAACGAACCUCUUCCGCAGGCGGUACCCCGAAAACGCCGGGAUGCUUCCAGCUCCCCGUCCAGGGAAACCGAACAGAUCAAAAAGGUCAAGGCUUUCUCUCCGGAAACCUACAGCCGGGACGAAAUUGUUCGCGAAAUGUCCUACGGAACCCGGGACGAAGACUUCUUCCAGUCCAAGCCAACCACCGAAGCACCCAGCCCGAAACCUCCAGCCGUUGUAAUCACCGAACCUGCCCCCAUGGAACAGGAACCUCCGGAACCACCGAAGCCACAGCGACCGCAAUCGUUCGCAUCCCCGCUGCAAGCGAUGCAGAAAUUCUCGAAAGAAGCCAGUCCGUUUUUCGGCAGCGACCAAUCCCAAUCGGAUAAUCAACUGUCCCCGGUCGGAACGCCACAGCAAGCCACCUCCCCUACCGGUGGUGACGGCAAGUCGUCGAACAUUCACAACAGUAGCGAAUUCAUGCUGGUGCUGUACAACGAACAGGAAGCGAAGAACAACACACGAAACUCAACCUUCGACUUUGAACUGGAGGACUUGGCCGCUCCACCGCCACCACUGUCCCUGUCGGCACCGGAGCUUAACGUGGAACCACCACCGACACCGCGGAUGCGUCCGGCGGUGAGUUCAACGGAGUUGCUCUACGAACGGGCAAUGGCACGUUUUUAUCAAGCCGUUGCCAUGGAGGAAUCGGAGAACCAGCGAAAGGAAGCCGACCGUAGGCGGAGCAUGAGUGCUGCCGUGCCACAACCACAACAACAACAGCAGCAGGACACCGUUGCUGCGGUGAAUCGGUUGGCUGACCGCCGGAGUAGUCUUCGCCGGCGUCUGUCCGGGGAUAAGGAAGCCAUCGUUAAGCAGUCUAGUUUUGAAUCGCAACAUUCCAGUGCCGUGGAUGAUGUGAUACCCGAGGAAAAGGAAGAUGAUCCGAUAGAAGAGCAGAAGGAGGAACAUCCGCAAGAAGCGGGAGCAGUGGGAAAGGUCGAGGAAGUGAUGGAGGAUUUGGACGAACAGUUGUCGAUCUCUUCGUCGAUGGAUUCGAUGCUGGAAGAGCUGAAGCGAAGGGAGUCUGCACGGUCCAGCCGGUCGAGAAUUAUGAGCGAUGAGGAUGAGAUGGAGACAUAUCAUCCUGGGCCGAGAGUGAUGUCCCCUUACCGGAAUCCGGAUCCGAGUCAAGCGAUUGAGGUUCUAACGAAACCACUGCCCAUGCCGGAUCCGAACUUUGUUCCGAAACCUAUUUUGAAACGACCAUCAACGGAAAUCCUAACAAAGGACGAUAAGGAGAAAAAGGUUGCUCCGAGUAAGCCAGAGCGAAAGAACUUGACGAACGUUUUCGAUCGAAAGUCCCCCGCUAAGGAGGAGCAAAAACAGAUUCAAAUUCAGACACCACAGCCGGAGCUGCAAAAGGAGAAGACUCCUGAGGUUGAAGAGAAGAAGCCAGAGUCUCCAAUAAGCGAAAAGCAGAGUCCAACGGAGCGGGAUAUCACUACGGCAAUCAAGUCGGAAGCUGUUCGCCAGAGGCGACUGGAGUCCAGGCAAAAUUCGAUCGAAGAAUCCAGAGCCGUUGCCGAUUUCUACAGCGAAAUUGUUCAACAGGUUGAAACUGCUAAGAAACCCCGUCAGAUACCACUUUACUUGAAUCCGGAUGAAGUUCGCAAACUGAACGAACGGGGACGAUCUCGUGAUUCUUCAUACGAUCGAAUGGCAAGGUCUCGCUCUGGAUCAAUGUCUCCGCUGCCAGUGGAAGAUGUGUACCGACUUCCAAAGUCCCGCUCACCUUCACUAACAUCAGAGCAGAUUGUUAGCAAAGGCAAGCCAGCCAGAGAAAGCCGGAUCCUUCGGCAACGAUCGGUCUCGAUCGAUGGCGAUUCCAGUCGACCAUCGUCUGCUAUGAAAGAGCAGCCACCAUCACCAGCGAUGGCAACUGCUCGACCAGAAACUGCAUUUAAUGCUAGCGCAGUAAGCGAGCAACCGACCAGAAGAAGCCGUCCCCUGCGUGAAUCAACGGCGAUCGCUAAGAAGAGGAACGUUUCUCAGACACGCUCCCGUAGUAGUUCAGGUGUUCGCGAUGGAGCAACUGCUCCGGAGAAAACACCAAUGGACGUGGCUCGGCGCGCCAGACUCCGUAGUGCUUCCAAGUCCCCGGCAGCUCUGCAGCGAACGCCAGUAGUUCCACAAACUCCAGAACCACCAAAACCAUCAUCAGCUCCACCAACUCCACCAGUUCGCCCUAUAACUCCAGUGGCUCCUCCGGUUACUACACCAGAUCAACGAUCCCAAUCACAAGCUCCGGAGCUAUCCCCCGAAGAUGCUUCCUUCAAAUCCAGCAUAUCCUACCUGACGGACGUGGCCCUGUUUGCCCUCGCCUGUUGGCUGUAUCUCUUCAAGAAUCCCAAGCUGGCAAUUCCGAUCAUCGUACUGAUCAUGUAUCGCCACAUUAGCGAUGCAAUCCGGAACCGGAUGCCACCGUGGAUGAAACGAUCGCUUAGCUAAUCGAACCGCGGCGGCUGGGUUGGGCUGGGAAGCAAUCCAAUGAAAGACAUAAUCUCAAUAGCAGAGCAAACCUGAAGCAGAGGGAUAUUUUUAGCAGGUCUGAAUAAUCUCGUUCUCUUAUUGGAAAUUUAAUCCCUCUAUCCAUCUCUGUUUCUUUUUCGCUAGAGGAGGCACGAAACGAUAUUUUCUUGCACUCGCACUUUGUUUAUCGAGGAAGAUUGUUUACUGUUUUCAUUUUCGUCACACUAGAUAGGCAAAAGACGGGAACACUCGGGAACGCGACCAAAGAUUAGAGAGAACUAGCUGGCAGCUGUCAAAUCUGGCAGCUUCCGACUCCAUUCGAGGAAUGGAACCAAUCGAACUAUUUUGAUUAGUAAAUUAGAAAAUUUUACACAGAAAAAAAAUCGAAAAACUAUUGCACAUUAACAUUACCAAGGAAUCGCACUCGUCCAUGUUUGCUUGGAUUCACGCCGCCAUAUUUGUUUACAUGUCGAAACAUGUUACGUCAUUAAGUUAAAAUCACACACACACACCCGUACAUCGACAUAAUCUUAAACGUUAAUCCAUACUUAAGUCAAAACUAUGUUUAAUCAUUUGUUUUUGUUAUAGCUUUUCAUUGUUUAAUGUGUAAAAAAAAAAAUAAAAAAAAAAAGAAUACGUACACCAACACACAAGCCGAACCAAAGAAUAAAAAUUAUCGAAAAAAAAAUACUUUUCAAUGAAAAUGCACCGCACACAAACACUUUCGAACAUUUUUUGUAUUUUUAACCACAGUAUGAAUUGAACAUAGAAGAAAAAAAUCACGUUGUUGUAUUUUUGGUGCCUGAGGCAUUCAUUCGGGCCAAAAACCUAGAAAUAAUCAUAAACAAUUAUCGUUGUAUAUUUUUGCAGAAUACAGACAUGGUAAAAAGAAACAUAUUGGAAGAAAACUCGAAGAAAGGGAAAGCGAGGUAAUAAAUUUGUUCUUUAAAUAAAUAAAUAAAAAAAAAAACUACACAA